AUGAUUGGCUUGACCAGCCGGUUGUCAGCAGUACCAAAGUUGCUGACAUCCCUAACCCAGUCGUCAUGUGUAGCUGUUCGUAUGAAGAGUGUUGAUCAUAGAGCUGGUGUACCAAAGACGGACACACAAAUGGAUGGCACUGUUGGUACAGAAAGGUAUGAUUUUGAGGUAUUACUUCAGUUUAGUUGAUAAAGUGGACGUACGUGACAACCUGAUCCAUAAAGAGUGAUUUUUGGCUGAGAUACCUGAAGAAGAUAGAUUAUAUUGUAGUACUUAAUGUUGUGUCUGGUACUUUUUUAUGAUUGACUUAUCGUUAUGUUUUUAGUUACAUUCCUGUAAAUGUUAAAGGAUACGAACGUCGAUUGCCGACUUCAGAGACAUUAAGACAAAAGUUCUUUGGAGUACCUUUCAUGGAGUUGCCAAUGGUUUUCAUCAAGUCUACAAGAAAUAACACUUUGAUUAGUGUAUUCGAUCAUAAGGUGGGUUAAUUACUAUUUAAAUCCAAAUAAUAAAAAAUUUUUUCAGCUAAAGAGUAUCACAUACACAUCAUGCCGAUUGGAGGGAUUCAAAAAUGCGAGAAAGAAAACCACGAUUGCUGGUCAAACUACUGGUGUUGCUGCUGGACAAAGGCUUCUGAGAAGAGGUAUUAACGCUGUACGAGUACUGGUGAAGGGAAUCGGUCCAGGAAGAAUGGCAUCAGUCAAAGGUAUCGCUUCUACUGGAGUUAAUGUAGUUUCCAUCACUGAUCGAACAUUGCUGCCGGAAGUCGGUCCACGGCCCAGGAAGAUCAGAAGAAUAUAG